AAGUCGACAAUAGUAAAAUGGUGACAAAGAAUGAAGAUCAAAUGAAAGCGCUAGCGCUUAAAUUGUUUGAAAUCAAUGCAUUCAAAUUUGGGGAUUUCAAAAUGAAGGUCGGCAUCAAUUCUCCCGUUUAUUUCGAUUUGCGAGUUAUCGUGAGCUAUCCAGAUGUAAUGCAAACCGUUGCCGAUCUGCUGGUGGCACAGAUCAAAGAGCUGAAGCUGAGCUCCAAGCACGUUUGCGGUGUACCUUACACCGCUCUGCCGCUGGCCACCAUUGUUUCGCUGCAGCAGAAAACGCCCAUGCUCGUGCGUCGCAAAGAGGCCAAAGCCUACGGCACCAAGAAGCUCAUCGAGGGCAUUUUCCAAGCCGGCGACACUUGUCUUAUUGUCGAAGAUGUGGUAACAUCGGGCUCCAGUAUUUUGGAAACAGUACGUGAUCUGCAAAGCGAGGGCAUUGUGGUCACCGAUGCCGUGGUUGUGGUCGAUCGGGAGCAGGGCGGCGCUGCCAAUAUAGCCAAACAUGGCGUGCGCAUGCACUCCCUCUUCACGCUCUCCUUUUUGCUCAACACGUUGCACGAGGAGGGACGCAUUGAACGGUCCACGGUGGAUGCGGUAGCGAAGUAUAUUGCGGCAGUGCAGAUAAACACGGAUGGCUCGUUUAUUGGCGGCGAUAAGCCUGCAACCCCCAACGAGUUUUCGCGCACUAAACUGACCUACGAGACUCGUGCCAACUUUGCCAAGAAUCCGCUGAGCAAGCGUUUGUUUACUCUAAUGGCAACUAAGAAGACGAAUCUGUGCUUGGCCGCCGAUCUGAACAAGGCCGAUGACAUUCUGGAGUUGGCCAACAAGUGCGGACCGUACAUUUGUAUGCUGAAAACCCAUGUGGACAUUAUCGAAGACUUCAGUGAGGGUUUCAUUACAAAUCUUAAGACGGUGGCUAAGAGACACAAUUUUUUGAUUUUGGAGGACCGAAAAUUUGCGGACAUUGGCAACACGGUCUCUCAGCAGUACGGCAAGGGCAUGUAUAAGAUAGCUAGUUGGGCGAAUCUGGUGACAGCGCACACGCUGUCCGGACGCAGUAUUGUGCAAGGCCUAAAGGCGGGGCUUGAUGACAAUGCGAAAAAGCAGCGCGGCGUGUUCCUCUUGGCCGAAAUGUCAGCCAAGGGAAAUCUGAUUGAUGAGAAGUACAAGGAGAGCAGCAAUAAAAUUGCCACCGAGGGCGGAGAUGCAGACUUUGUAUCUGGCGUUGUCUGCCAAUCGUCCACCUGCUUUGGUUUUCCUGGUCUUAUACAGCUUACGCCGGGCGUGAAGAUUGACGAGGGCGUCGAUAAUCUGGGCCAACAGUAUGAAACACCCGAGCAUGUGGUGAAGGAGCGCGGCGCUGACAUUGGCAUCGUGGGGCGUGGCAUACUGCAAGCUGCGAAUGUGGAGAAAGCGGCGGCCACCUAUCGCGAUCGUCUUUGGACAGCCUACUUGGAGCGUGUGGCAAAAUAGGCUAAUGGCUUUAUCAAAAACUAAAAUUUUUAACUUACCUCCAUUCGACGUAAUUGAAAAGUUUUCCAUAGUUUUGUACCGCUAGUCGGAUAUAUUUUAAGCGAAGUCACAACACAAAAGAAUUUUAAGCAUUUAAAAGGCAAAUAGUUAAGAGUUUGCACAAAAAUCCUUUAAUAUUAAGUUAAAUGUUUG